UAAACCCCUCGUCAUAACAGCUCCUGGCCUGUGAGGAGCAAUGUUCAGUGAUGGCAAAGCGAAGGACUCCAGUGCUGGCUUCAGUGUCAGCUGAAGUGAACUGAACAAAAAACCAGAUAGUGGAACCAUGGAAAAGAAUUCAAGUUUGUGGAAGAGCCUUGUGGGUGAACACCCAGUCUGCACAGCCUGGAAGCAAGAGGCUGAGGGUGCCAUUUACCACCUUGCCAGUAUCUUGUUUGUAGUAGGUUUUAUGGGCGGCAGUGGGUUCUUCGGGCUCCUUUAUGUCUUCAGCUUGCUGGGGCUGGGUUUCCUGUGUUCUGCAGUCUGGGCAUGGAUAGACGUCUGUGCUGCUGACAUAUUUUCCUGGAAUUUUGUGCUGUUUGUCAUCUGCUUCAUGCAGUUUGUUCACAUUGCAUAUCAAGUUCACAGCAUAACGUUUGCCCGAGAAUUCCAGGUGCUGUACAGCUCCAUUUUCAAGCCCCUCGGGAUCCCUCUGCCUGUCUUCAGAACAAUCGCUCUGAGCUCUGAAGUGGUAACUUUGGAAAAGGAGCACUGUUACGCCAUGCAAGGGAAAACCUCCAUUGAUAGACUCUCCAUGCUUGUCUCAGGAAGGGUCAGAGUGACAGUGGAUGGCGAAUUUCUGCAUUACAUCUUCCCUUUUCAGUUCCUGGAUUCUCCGGAGUGGGAUUCACUACGACCCACAGAGGAAGGCAUUUUUCAGGUAACCCUCACAGCAGAAACUGAUUGUCGGUAUGUGUCUUGGAGGAGAAAAAAAUUAUACCUGCUCUUCGCUCAGCACCGCUACAUCUCCCGCCUAUUUUCCGUUUUAAUUGGCAGUGACAUCGCAGAUAAACUCUAUGCCCUGAAUGACAGGGUAUAUACAGGGAAAAAACAUCACUAUGAUAUCCGGUUACCCAACUACUAUCAAAUGUCAAGUCCAUGCCUGUCUAAAUCACCCCUGAAACAGUUUGGGAAUUCCAGACAACAUUGUAACAAAUGACAUCAAAACCUGAAGUUGUGCAGUUACUAUGAAAAAGACUUCAUCAUUCCCCAGGCAAGUUAGCACACUGAUAUUUUUAUAACUUAAAUUCAGAGUCCAGAUGCACUGCCAGCUGUUGAUUCA